AUGUCUUCAGGAAAUGCCGUGGAAAUUGACCUGCGGCAUAAGGGAUACAUUGCUAGCUCCUCGGAUCGGAUCGUCUCCUUCGAAUGGCGGGGGAUCGGGAUCCCUGCGCCCCUCAUUCUGCCUCGGUCCAGAGUCCUUUUGCCCGAUGAUAUGCGCUUGCUUCUACCCCAAUGGUUCAAUACUGUAUUAUCUUCUGCUUGA